GUUUCCUCCGGUAAACAAGCGGCGCACGAGUCUGGAAAUCGCCGGCGGAGAGCGGAGGGGGGGGGAUACCGGGGACACAGCCAUGGCGACGGGAGGUGGAGGUGGAGGAGGCGCACUGAGGCGGAGGAGGAGAGCGGGGCUGCCGGGAAUCUGCUGGAAAACAAGCUGCUACUUCCCGCUCCUGCUCUGGGUCGUUUCCGUGUGUGGAGAAGAGAAGACGUUCAUAGUGGAGACCUGGCUGAAGAACUACGGUUACCUGCUGCCUCACGACGUCCGCACCUCGGACCUGCGGCAGGAGAAAGCCAUGCAGUCUGCUGUGGCCGCCAUGCAGCGUUUCUAUGGGAUUCCUGUGACGGGCGUCCUGGACGAGAAGACCAUAGAGUGGAUGAGGAGACCUCGCUGUGGCGUCCCAGAUCAUCCUCACACCAGCCGCCGACAGAGGAAUAAACGCUACGCCCUGACGGGACAGAAAUGGAGAGAUAAAAAGAUCUCGUACAGAUUGUGUCUCUCCCCCUUCCGUCUCCCAGUCUAA